AUGGCAAACUUCGCAGAUGUCGCAAAGCAAUUCGUCGAGUUUUACUACCACCAGUUUGAUGCCGACAGGAAGCAGUUGGCUCCGCUCUACAUUCUGACCAUCCGCCAGCGGGAGAACUCUAUGCUGACCUUCGAGUCCGCUUCGAUUGCUGGUGUUGGUGGGAUUGUCGAGAAACUCUCGUGCCUCCCAUUCGAGAAAGUCAAACAUGCCGUGUCAACUCUUGAUGCACAACCUUCUGAGAACGGCGGAAUUUUGAUUCUCGUCACCGGUGCCCUUCUCGUCGACGAGGAGGAGAGAUCCAUGAACUACAGCCAGGCCUUCCAACUCCUCCCAGACGGCGCAGGAAGCUAUUUCAUUUACAACGACAUCUUUAAGUUGGUAUUCGGAUGA